AUGAACCCUUUCUUACCUCUCUCCUCUUUAUUCGAUGAGCCUGUUCGUAUUCAGGUAGUCAAAGUCGAUGUUAAAGAUGGAACCUCCAAAGUGUGGUACAAAGACGCCGAGGACCACUUAUGUGCUGAGCCCAUUCUAGUGAACAAGCCUGAUUAUUCGAAAGAAGAUGAAGGAGUGUUGAUUGUGCCGGUCGUCACGUGUCGGGAAGGUGACAGGCCAUAUGUGGUCGUGCUAGAUGCUGAAACUAUGGAGGAGCAGGCUCGCUAUGUGGUUCCACAAUCACGGAUUCCACUAGGCUUCCAUGCGCAUUACACACAACGGUCGAACUGA